AUGGCUGACUACACCAAAUACAUCCUCAAAGUUACCGCUGGUCCGGACUACGACGAAAAGAACCACACCGAAGUGCUCGUAAACACGGCCAACUCUGUUGGGAUCUCAACCGAGCACCUCGACGCCAAGGUCUGGGUCCGCGUGAAGGACUACCGCGGUCUGCCUCAAGGUUCCCCUGCGACAUCGCCAUACUUCGAGCACUCGGACCACACCGGCGAUCGCUACAGCAUAGCAUACUCGUUCCGCCUGAAGAAGGAUAUCGCUGGCGACAAACUCGUUUUCGGAAAUGACUUUGAUCAUCCUAUUCGCGACCGCUUGCCAUGGGGCUUCAGCACCGCCUUCAACUGGGUCAAGGGGUGGGUUGACGCCACCAUGGAGGGCGACCCAUACGCCGACGAGCCCUACCUCUACUCGCCCAUCUUGAGCUCCAUGAACAUACUACAAGUUGGCGGCAAGGAUCAGAGCAUCGACGAGGUCGCAGAAGGCGCCGGCGAGAAGACCGGCGAAGGAGACCAAACCGCCAUAAUCUUCAAGGAGGGUGCUCAGGCAGACGGCCAGGAAGUGCGCGAAAAGUCAGGCAUGCCUACCAACAACACGCAGAGGAAGAGGCACUACCAGCAGCUCCAGCCCAGGCAAGACUUCGUCUUCGAGAAGGAUCGUGCCUACGCGUGUGACUUCUUCAACGGCUAUCUGGACUUCAACGAGUUCUCGCUGAAGCUUCCUAUUCUUACCAUCCCUGUCAUCAAGUACUGGGAUGGUCAGCCCCUUCGAUAUGUCCUGAGAAACCUCGAGACGAAGGAAGUCUACUUUGUCAUCCUCUUCUCCCUCGUUCCUGUCGAGCAUGUCGAUACCGGGAGCUCCAGCGAGACCGAAGGCUCCAAGCAGGAAGAAUGGGAGAAGGUGGAAAAGGACAAGAACAGCGAGCCAAACGGGCAGGCCAAACCCGCGAAUGAUGAUCUUGACUAA